AAAAUUUAAUAUUGUCUUAGAACUCAUUCUAUAAGUCAGUCAGGGUUAAGAAAGUUCAACUUGUAAUCGGAGAAUUAUGACAUCAUCGCGUGAUACCAUUUCACGUGAGUAUAAAAUCUCAGCUUAUUUCUAACUUUUCUUAGUUUAAAGCUGCUACGGAAAAGAAGAGAAACAAAGCAGCAGACGCGGGUUUUGCUACGUCGUCUUUGAGUGUACAAAACUUUAUAGUUGCACAUUGGUAAAAGAUGCAGUGCGCUUUGAAAAUUUUAAAAGGCACAAAACUUCUGGGCGUACAAAAUAAUGUGAACCAAUAUUCCCGCGGUUUAGUGUUGAGCAGUGUUCGCGCUACUAAUUUGGAAAAAUUGUUCCCGAAUAGGGAUGAAUUUCAAACGAGACAUAUUGGUCCACGAGAACAUGAUCAAUAUGAGAUGUUAAAAUCGAUCGGAUAUAAGACGCUUGAAGAACUGACCGAGACUGCGGUUCCGGCGAAUAUCCGCCGAAAAGAAGAUUUGGAUAUUGAAGGUCCAGUGACUGAAUAUGAACUCAUAAAGAGAAUCCGUGAAAUUUCGGAAAAGAAUGACAUAUGGCGCACCUAUAUCGGAAUGGGUUAUCAUAAUUGCUGUGUCCCACAUACCAUCAUGAGAAACAUUUUUGAAAAUCCUGGAUGGACAACCCAGUACACCCCUUAUCAGCCUGAAAUUUCACAAGGUCGUCUAGAAGGUCUGAUAAACUAUCAAACAAUGAUCUGCGACUUGACUGGAAUGGAAGUAGCGAAUGCAUCGCUUUUAGACGAAGGAACAGCAGCAGCUGAAGCCCUAGCUCUAGCUUAUAGACAAAAUAAACGCAAGAACUUAUUUAUCUCGGAUAAAGUACAUCCACAAACUGUCAGUGUUAUAGCAACGCGAGCCACAUCAUUAGGAUUGACUUACGAAGUUGGAGAUGUCUUUAAAAUUGAAUUCAGUGCCAAAGAUAUUGCUGGGAUUCUUAUUCAAUAUCCAGACACUACAGGAUCCAUUGACAAUUUUACAAACGUAGUAAAGAAUGCCCAUGCCAAUGGUACUCUUGUCUGCGCAGCUACUGAUUUGUUAUCCUUAGCUAUCCUGAAACCACCUAGUAAAUUCGACGUUGACAUAUGUGUGGGAACCAGUCAGCGCUUUGGUGUUCCUCUAGGAUAUGGUGGACCUCAUGCAGGUUUCUUUGCAUGUCGUCAAAAAUUAGUACGUCUAAUGCCUGGUAGAAUGAUUGGUGUAUCGAGAGACGCUAAUGGAAACGACGCAUAUCGUCUCGCUCUUCAAACUCGGGAACAACAUAUUCGUCGUGAUAAAGCAACCAGUAAUAUUUGCACGGCACAAGCAUUAUUGGCGAACAUGUCUGCCAUGUAUGCAGUCUAUCAUGGUCCUCAGGGUAUAAAGGACAUUGCCUCUAGAGUUCAUAAUUUAACCCUGGUCCUUGGUAAAGGCUUGGAAAAAGCUGGUAAUAAGAUCCACAAUGAAUAUUUCUUUGACACAAUAACAGUGUCGCCUAAACAUUCUUGGGACACUGUAAAAAAAAAUGCUGAGCAAGCUAAAAUAAAUCUAAGAUACAAUACUGAUGGGUCCAUUGGUAUAACUCUUGAUGAGACAACUUCUAUAGAAGAUGUGAAUGACCUUUUGAAAGUAUUUCAAGCAAAUGUGACUGUCAAUGAUAUUCUCAAGGAUGACGACGCCAGUAAGAGAAGCAUAAGUGAAUCCCCGUUCAAGCGUACGACUCCUUACUUGCAGCACCCUGUUUUUAAUAUACAUCAUUCAGAAACAAGGAUUGUGCGUUACAUGAAGGCUUUAGAGAACAAGGAUGUUUCUCUCGUACACAGUAUGAUUCCUUUGGGAUCCUGUACAAUGAAAUUAAAUUCCACAACAGAAAUGAUGCCUUGCAGUAUGCGUGGCUUUACAGAUAUUCAUCCAUUUGCUCCUGUCGAACAAACUAAUGGCUACCUGCAAUUAUUCUCUGAAUUGGAAAAGGAUCUGUGUGCCAUUACUGGUUAUGAUAAUAUAAGUUUUCAACCUAAUAGUGGAGCCCAGGGUGAAUAUGCUGGCUUGAGAGCAAUUCAGUGCUAUCAUGAAUCCCAGGGAAAUGCUCACAGACAAGUUUGUCUUAUACCAAUAUCUGCUCAUGGUACAAAUCCUGCCUCUGCACAAAUGGCAGGAAUGCAGGUGGAACCAAUUUUUGUGCGUAAGGAUGGAUCAGUGGACACUGCGCACUUGAACGAGAUGAUUACCAAGCAUAAACAAAAUUUAUCCUGUUUAAUGAUCACAUAUCCUUCGACUAAUGGAGUAUUUGAAGAGACUAUAGGGGACGUGUGUGAGAUGGUGCAUGAAGCAGGCGGACAGGUGUAUCUAGAUGGUGCUAACAUGAAUGCCCAAGUAGGACUUUGUAGACCUGGUGACUAUGGUAGCGAUGUAUCACAUCUUAAUUUACAUAAAACCUUUUGUAUUCCUCAUGGUGGCGGUGGACCUGGUAUGGGACCAAUUGGAGUGAAAAAACAUCUUGCACCGUUUCUCCCUAGUCAUCCAGUAAUAGAUCCUUUGUCACCUAAAGUAGAUAACAGACAGAAUUACGGUGCAGUGUCUGCUGCUCCUUAUGGAUCAUCAGCAAUUCUACCUAUUUCAUGGGCUUAUAUUAAAAUGAUGGGGCCCAAGGGGCUUCGUAAGGCUACUCAAGUAGCUAUACUUAAUGCAAAUUAUAUGAGCAAAAAACUAGAGAAGCAUUAUAAAACUUUGUACAAGGGUAAAACUGGAUUAGUGGCACAUGAAUUUAUUUUGGAUAUAAGGGAUUUGAAAAAGACUGCAAAUAUCGAAGCUGCUGAUGUUGCUAAAAGACUGAUGGAUUAUGGUUUCCAUGCACCUACAAUGAGUUGGCCAGUGGCUGGAACUCUUAUGAUAGAACCGACUGAAUCUGAGGAUAAAGGAGAAUUGGAUAGAUUCUGCGAAGCAUUGAUUUAUAUAAGAAAAGAGAUUCAAGAUAUCGAAGAUGGAAAAUUGGAUGCCAGUAUUAAUCCUCUAAAAAUGGCGCCACAUACUCAGGAACAGGUCAUCAGUUCGAAAUGGAACCGACCGUAUUCGCGAGAACUGGCUGCUUUUCCUGCUCCAUUUGUAAAAGGUAGCACAAAAAUUUGGCCCAGUGUGGGAAGAAUAGAUGAUAUUUAUGGAGAUAAAAACUUAUUCUGUACCUGUCCACCGAUUUUACCUGAACAAUAAUUGUACACUACACCUACAUUAAUCUGUAAAUAUUUAUUAUUAAUUUUAAUACUUUUUCAAUUGAAAAUCAGUAUAGACAUUAUUCGUUAAAUAAGUAUACAAGAAUUUUCAUACUCAUCCAUCGAAUCCGCCCGUAGUUGUAACUACUUAUGCAUUAUAACUCAUGACAAAGAAUUAAUGAAAAUAAUAAAACUUUACGAUACACAAUUGUAUGAAAUACAAGAUAUAUUUUUGAUAACAUA